AUGCUACGUUCUCGUUUCACGCUUUUUUAUGCGUCUUCACGUAAAAAGCAUACUAGUAUAGCAGAAAGCUAUGAAGGACAGUCUCUUCUUAUAACCGGCAGCACGGGAUUCGUUGGAAAGGUUCUUUUAGAAAAGUUAUUGUAUCAAUGCCCAAAAAUAGACAAAGUAUACCUUUUGGUGCGGGAAAAGAAAAAUAUUAAACCUCACCAAAGGAUUUCGAAAAUGUUAGAUGAACCGGUAUUUUCAAGAUUAAUAAAAGAAAAACCACAGAUGUUAGACAAAAUCGUACCCAUAGCAGGUGAUAUCUCCAGUCCCGACUUGGCAAUGAAAACUCAAGAUCAACAACUUUUAAUUAACAAAGUGUCGAUGGUGUUCCAUUCAGCAGCGAGUGUUUUAUUUGAUGAUCCUUUAGAUGUAGCCAUGAAUAUUAACUUUGGGGGCACAGAACGAGUGCUUAAUCUUUGCCUUCGUAUGAAAACAAUAAAGUCGUUCCUUCAUGUUUCAACUGCAUAUUGUAACACGGAUAAACCAAUUAUUGAAGAAAUUGUAUACCCGGUACCUGCUUCCUUAGAUAAAGUAAAUGAAUUGCUUGCAAAAGGCCACGUUAAUAAAGACGAAGUUAAAAAACUGCUCAAUAAACAACCAAAUACAUAUGCUUUUGCUAAAGCACUUGCAGAGAACCUUGUUUUAGAAAGACAUGGAAAUAUUCCCACGACCAUUAUUAGACCAACAAUUGUGUCAGGAAGUAAAAAUGAGCCUGUGAUUGGUUGGGUCGACAACUGGUUCGGAAGUACUGGUCACAUGGCUUUGACCCUUUUGGGCAUAAAUCGUGUGGUGUUGGGUAACCCUAAUAAUAUUCUUGACAUCAUACCCGUGGAUUACGUUGCCAACCUCAUAAUUGUUGCAGCUGCUACCAAUACAAACUGUAAAGAUGUUAAAGUUUACAAUUGCUCUACUAGUAAAGUCAAUCCUAUCAGUUUAUAUCAGCUAAAAAACUUAACGAUUGAGGAUAGUAAGAGAAACAAAGCAAAUGUUGUGCCGUUCCCAUCUUUACACUUUACCACUUCCAAAUGGGUCCAGUCAUUAAUAAUAUUGAUUUCCAAUACCCUACCAGCGUACUUUAUGGAUACCAUGCUAAUACUGCAAGGAAAAACACCGAGGUACAGGGAUUUUUUCUCAAAAGUAUCUAGACAGCGCAAUGUGUUGGAUUACUUCACAUUCAACACUUGGGAAAUUUGUUCAUCGAAGACGAGGGCCCUUGCAGCGUCGCUCUCACCAGCGGACAAGCAAAAUUUUCCUUUCGACCCUAUUGAUAUUGACUGGAAAACUUAUGUUGCCAAUUACUGCAAAGGUAUUAGACAAUAUAUGUUAAAACGUCAAAAA